AUGCUGUCCAAGCAUUGUUUUCUAGGCUUUCUUGUCACUUUCUUCUUGACUGGAGAAACUGAAACUCAACCGAACUGUGACUCCCUGAAGCCUCAGAAAGUACAUUUCCAGUCCAGAAAUUUUCACAAUAUUUUGCACUGGCAAUCUGGGAUAGGUUGCACCUCCAACAGCAGUUUUUAUACUGUGCAGUAUAAAAUAUAUGGAGAGAAAUCAUGGACAAAUAAAGAAAGCUGCAGUAAUAUUCAACAAGUGUUUUGUGACCUUACAGAUGAGACUUCUCUUGUACAGGAAUCUUAUUAUGGGCGGGUGAGGAUGAACUCCAUGGGUAUCCCCUCAGAUUGGGUGAUCACAAAGCGGUUUACUCCUUGCUGGGAAACAAAAAUAGACUCUCCAUUCAUGAACUUAACACGAAGUAACCAAUCUUUGUUGGUGAGUCUUGGUGCUCCAAAUUUACCUGAUAGAGCCCCCAAAGAGAAAACUAUGUCAAUGGAGGAUUAUUAUGAAUUAGUAUAUCGAGUCUUUAUAACUAACAAGUUCCUGAAAAAGGAACAAAUGAUAUAUGAAGGAACUCACAGAGUUGUUGAAAUUGAGGCAGUAGCACCCCACAUGAGCUACUGUGUUGUGGCUGAAAUGUAUCAGCCAAUGUUUGACAGAAGAAGUCAGAGAAGUAAAAAGAUAUGUGUGGAAAUUUCUUGA